AGGUAUUUUUUAUUUCUUUUGAAGGUAUCAUCGCCUAUAAUAUCCCCAGCUCUGUCUCCUCUCAUCCGUUUUACAUGUAUUCCAUUUGAAUUUUCUGUCUUUGAAAUAACUCUGCUAUAAAUUUGUCCGAUUAUCUUUUGUCAUCUAGAUCACAACCUCAAGUCAGGUAUUGACCAUCUUUUUCUUGACUUGUUCUUUACUGAAUUUGCAUAACUAGCGACAAUUAUAUAAUAUCUUGUUUCUAUUUGCGUUUCAGUUUUCUUAGCUUUUCUUGUAUUGUAUUAUCAUAUCCUCCGGCCUUAUUUUUUUAUUUUAAACCCACUUCUCAAGCACCCAUUUGGAGAAAGAUUCAAACUUUGAUCAUAAUUUAUUACCCCAUGUGUAUUACAUAAAUAAGGGGAUUUUCUUGGCUAAUUGUACCCUUGUCAAGAAACUUUGAUAUUAAUAAGAUGAAAGAACCUUUAUUUCAGAUGAAUUGAAUUUUUGAUUCUUGAUAUUGUAUGAAUAAGAUGUUGGGUACUGAAAGCAGGAGAGAUUUUGCAUUUGAUUUCCAAAGCCAAGUUUCGAUUUUGAGACCAAGUGUGCAUGCCAGAAGGGCUAAUAUAAUUGUUAAGUUUCAAGAUCUUUAUGGUUUUACAGUUGAAGGCAAUGUGGAUGAUGUGAAUAUAUUGAACGAAGUUAGAGAAAAAUUGAGACAACAAGGCAAGGUUUGGUGGGCACUUGAAGCUAGUAAAGGUUCAAAUUGGUAUUUGCAGACUCGUGUCUCUUCUACGAUUAAGUCAUCCCUCAACUUUUCGAAUUUAGUGAAUGCAAUUGCACUCAAGAGGCUGAUUAGAAAUGGGAUUCCUCUGGUUUUGAGGCCGAAGGUGUGGUUUUCAUUGUCUGGUGCAGCUAAGAAGAAAUCAACUGUGCCUCAGAGCUAUUACAAUGAUUUGAUUUUUGCGGUGGAAGGGAAGGUCACGCCUGCGACUAAGCAGAUUGAUCAUGACUUAUUUCGAACAUUUCCUGGUCACCCGUGGUUGGACACUAAAGAGCGCCAUGCAGCUCUUAGGCGUGUUCUUGUUGCAUAUUCUUUUCGUGAUUCUGAUGUUGGCUACUGUCAGGGUCUAAAUUAUGUCGGAGCAUUAUUGUUGCUUGUUAUGAAAACUGAAGAAGAUGCUUUCUGGAUGCUAGCUGUCCUCCUGGAGAAUGUAUUAGCAAAUGAUUGUUACACGACCAAUUUAUCAGGAUGCCAUGUUGAACAAAGGGUGUUUAAAGAUAUACUGGCUAAAAAAUGUCCAAGAAUAGCUGCUCAUCUGGAAGCUUUGAAGUUUGAUGUCUCCCUUGUUGCCACCGAAUGGUUUUUGUGCGUCUUUUCAAAGAGCUUACCUUCAGAGACAACGUUCCGCGUAUGGGAUCUCCUUUUUUAUGAGGGUGCAAAGGUUCUUUUCCAUGUAGCUCUGGCUAUUUUUAAGAUGAAAGAAGAGGAGCUGCUCGUAGCACAACAUGUUGGGGAUGUCAUUAAUAUAUUGCAGAUGACCACCCAUCAUCUCUUUGAUCCUGAUGAAUUACUGACGGUUGCAUUUGAUAAGAUUGGCUCAUUAACAAUUAACAACAUAUCAAAGCAACGGAAAAAGCAGGAACCGGCAGUUAUGGCAGAGCUUGAUCAGCGGCUGAGAAGGCUAAAUUCCAUGAUUGAAUAAUAGCACUGUAAAAAAACCCCUGUACUAAAUCAAACUGUGAUCAUUCUAGGGUGACAGUACAACUUUGUUAGAGCUUAUUUUACUCUAGUUAGAGCAUCUUCGAUGCCAGCUAGUUGUUUAACUCUCAUUCAAAAAAAAUAUUAACUAGUUAAAAUUUAUCUUAUCAAA